AUGGAAUCUAGAUCAGUAGCUGCUAUCCGGUAUCUGGACGCACAAGAGCUCUACAAAUGGCUUAAAGCGGGCCAUUCCGCUUCCAAUGAGCCCUUUCAAGUUGUAGAUGUGCGAGGCAGCGAUUAUAUAGGUGGACAUAUAGCAAAGGGUUGGAACUAUCCGUACCGGCAGCUUCGAGACGAUUUGGACAAGUGUAAUGAGCUUCGGGGACGUUUGGACGAAGAACGCGGCAGUUUUGGUGUUAUCAAUUGUGUCUUUCACUGCGCUCUGUCGCAGCAAAGAGGGCCCUCCGCAGCGAUGAAGUUUCUUCGUACUUUGAGUGAUGACGACCUGAGCAGAUUCCGCAUCUAUGUUCUCCGGGGCGGGUUCAGUCACUGGCAAAGCCUCUAUGGCGAAAACCAAGACGUCACCGAGUCAUACAAGAAGGAUCUUUGGAUGUAA